ACUGCUGGACGGACCCACCCCCGGCCGCCUGGCGCCGGGGUGCCGGACCCUCGCUUCAGACCCGGGGGCGAGGCGGGGACUGAUUUCCCUCAGGAGCCUGCAACUGAACACCAGGCAGAUAUCGUUACAGGCAAACAUGAGAUCCUUCCCUGGGACAUCAAUAAUGGAAGAGCCUUACAAACAACAGUCUGGACUAUAUUCACCACACAGAAAGACAUGGAUCUUUCAGUUUUGCCAAACAACAACCACCCUGACAAAUUCCUGCAACUUGAAGUGAAAUCUUUGAUAAAGAAAUCUGCCCUUCUCCCUAGUCUCCCAAUACUACCAGGUGGCAAUUAUCCAGCUGCUCAGCACUGGCAUAACCUGGUCUACUCACAGAGAGAAAAGAGAAAUGCUGCUGAGCAGGUUGGUGGAAAAUCAAGUGUGAAAGACCCAAUGCUUAUUAAUUGCAUUCUGAGUGAACAGAGUACCUCCACUUUCAAACUGAAGAAUAAUCCUUUGUAUGGGGACACAAGGCUAGAGGAGGCCAUGGAAGAAAGAAAACAGAGCCCUUCUUGGACCAUCCAAGACUAUGAUAAGCAUUCUCUGCAGUCGAACCUCUCUGGCUAUUUGAAGGAAAACCCUAAUGAUCUACGGUUUUGGCUGGGGGACACAUACACACCCGGAUAUGAUGCCUUAUUGAAAAAGAAAGAGCAACAAUGGAAGCAAUCUAAAUACUGCCGAAUAAGCCUGAUUGUGUUGGUUACUGCCUGCAUCUUGGUUUCUAUAAUUACUAUUUGCAAUUUCCUUACCUAAGGAAUCUGCUAUAGCAACACUGAGUAUGAGAAGUUCUCUUUCAAUAAAUAUUUGCAUAAGCAUA